AUGGCCACUAACAUCCCACCUGAGCUAUGCACUGGGCACCCAGCAUCUCCAGAACAUUCUGGCUGUCCCACCCUGCAGGCUGGCAACAGUGAAACCCAUGCUGAAAAUCAUGUCCAGGAUAGCAAUCCUGAAACCCAAGCUGAAUAUCCCAGUCCUCAGCCUGCAUACUCUGAAACACAGAUUGACUAUCUAGUCGUCCAAGCUGGAAAAACAGGAUGUGGCCUAGUUGACAUUCCGGUCCAAUACCAGCAAGUGUCUCUUCAGCCAAAUAUACCUGCAAAACCACUAUAUAUUAUAAAACUAAUACCUUCACCAGACUGUCCACCAGGGUUACAAUAUUUAAGUCAGGUAAAUCAAAUCCUGAUUCAUCAGCAAAUUGAACUUACAGAAGCCAUGAUAAGCUAUGAGACCAACAACAGAUAUGAAAUCAAGAACAGCCGUGGACAGAGGAUGUACCUUGCAGCGGAGGACACUGCUGUAUGCACUCGGCUUUGCUGUGGGUCCUGCAGACCCUUCACCAUGAGGAUUCGCGAUCUCAAGGGCCAGGAAGUCAUAACUCUGAAGAGGCCACUGCGGUGUUCCAGCUGUUGUUUCCCCUGCUGCUUACAGCAGGUCAAAAUCUGUGCUCCUCCUGGUAUACCAAUAGGUUAUGUUACACAGACCUGGCACCCAUGUCUGCCAAAGUUUACAAUUCAAAAUGAAAAUAAAAAGGACGUUCUAAGAAUUAUAGGCCCAUAUUUUGCGUGCAAGUUUUGUGGAAAUAUUGAAUUUAAGUUAUUGUCACUGGAUGAAGAAAUGAUUAUUGGUAAGAUUUCAAAUCAGUGGAUUGGAUUUAUGAGGGAACUUUUCACCAAUACCAAUAAAUUUGGGAUCCAGUUUCCAUUUGAUCUUGAUGUUAGAAUAAAAGCAUUGAUGCUUGGAGCAAGUUUCCUCAUUGACUACAUGUAUUUUGAACUCUGGUCAUAA